CUUGCGCGUGUCGCGGCCCGCACGCGGGAGGCGCAGGCGGGGAGGAAGGCAGGCGCCGCCGUCGCUCGCCGUCCGCUGGGCGGGCGAUGUCUGCAGGCGGGCGGUGCCGGGGGCGGCGCCGACGGCCGCGUCCUGUCCCCGGCCGGGCAGCGAGGGAGGGACUGGUGGGAGGCAGCCGCCGCCGCCUGGCCACGGCGGCUCCGUACUCUCGACGGGCACCCAAGGAGGGCUCUGCCGUCCCCGCCUCCCCGGGAGCCGCCGGGGAUGGGGAACGCCGAGAGCGGGGAGCCGGGCGGGGGCUCCGGGCUGCUGCCGCCCCCGCCGGGGAAAGUGCCCAUGCCGGACCAGGGGGAGCUGGAGGAGAGAUUCGCGAUGGUGCUGAGCUCCAUGAACCUCCCUCCUGACAAGGCUCGUCUCCUCCGACAAUAUGACAAUGAGAAGAAAUGGGACCUCAUUUGCGACCAGGAACGAUUUCAGGUGAAGAACCCACCCCACACAUACAUUCAGAAACUGAAGAGCUUCCUUGACCCAGGAGUCACCCGGAAGAAGUUCCGUCGGAGGGUGCAGGAAUCCACCAAAGUGCUGAGGGAGCUGGAGAUCUCUCUAAGGACCAACCACAUUGGGUGGGUGCGCGAGUUUCUCAAUGACGAAAACAAAGGCCUGGAUGUGCUGGUGGAUUAUCUCUCCUUUGCUCAGUGUGCGGUGAUGUUUGAUUUUGAGGGCCUGGAAAGUGGUGAGGAUGGAGCGCUGGAAAAGCUGAAAUCCUGGAGCAGGUCCAUAGAGGAUCUGCAGCACCCCAGCACCCUGUCUGCACCCUACGCCAACAGCCUUGCUCGCUCUGCGCGCCAGUCUGCCCUCCGAUACACCACCCUUCCCAGCAGGAAAGCCCUGAAGAACUCACGGCUGGUUAGCCAGAAGGAUGACGUCCACGUUUGCAUCCUGUGCUUACGAGCCAUUAUGAACUACCAGUAUGGAUUCAAUUUGGUCAUGUCUCAUCCUCACGCUGUCAAUGAGAUUGCCCUCAGCUUGAACAAUAAGAACCCCAGGACAAAAGCCCUGGUGUUAGAACUGCUGGCAGCUGUUUGUCUGGUGCGUGGCGGCCAUGAGAUCAUUUUGGCUGCUUUUGAGAAUUUCAAGGAGGUUUGCAAAGAGCAGCACCGCUUUGAGAAGCUGAUGGAGUAUUUCCGCAACGAGGACAGCAAUAUUGACUUCAUGGUGGCCUGUAUGCAGUUCAUCAACAUCGUGGUGCACUCUGUUGAGGACAUGAACUUCCGUGUGCACCUACAAUAUGAGUUCACCAAACUAGGUCUGGAAGAGUUCUUACAGAAGUCGAGACACACGGAAAGCGAAAAGUUGCAAGUGCAGAUCCAGGCUUACCUGGACAACGUAUUUGAUGUAGGAGGGCUGCUGGAGGAUGCCGAGACCAAGAACGUAGCGUUGGAGAAAGUGGAGGAGUUGGAAGAACAUUUAUCACAUUUGACAGAAAAGCUUCUGGAUCUGGAGAAUGAAAACAUAAUGCGGGUGGCAGAGCUGGAGAAACAGCUGCUACAGCGGGAGAAGGAGCUGGAGAUUGUCAAGGAAACCUACGAGAGUGCCAGCAACCAGGUCCACACCCUGCGCAGAAUCAUCAAGGAGAAGGAGGAGGCUUUCCGACGCCACUAUACCUCUCGCCCAGCAGGGGGAGACCACCUGCCGCUGCCCCCACCUCCAGGGGCAGAGGUCAACUUCAGCGACAUCCCGGAGGACGACCUCCGCCUCCCGGUCCUGCCUCCCAUGGAGGCUGCCCCUCCACCCCCGCCACCUCCUCCGCCUCUCCCCCCACCCCCUCCUCCGCUACCGGAUAAGUGUCCGCCAGCUCCACCACUUCCGGGGACGUCUCCCUCUGUGAUUCUCACUAUGGGCUUAUCAGCAAUCCGGAUUAAGAAACCCAUCAAGACGAAAUUCCGCUUGCCGGUCUUUAACUGGACGGCCUUGAAGCCCAACCAGAUCAGCGGCACAGUCUUCAGUGAGCUGGAUGAUGAAAAGAUAUUGGAGGACCUUGAUCUAGACAAGUUUGAGGAGCUCUUUAAGACCAAAGCCCAAGGCCCGGCCAUUGACCUCCUCUGCUCUAAGAACAAGGCAUCGCAUAAGGCAGCCAACAAGGUCACCCUGCUGGAAGCCAACCGGGCCAAGAACCUUGCUAUCACCUUGCGCAAAGCAGGGAGGAGCACGGAGGAGAUCUGCAAAGCCAUUCACACGUUUGACCUGAAGACGCUUCCAGUGGACUUUGUCGAGUGCCUCAUGCGCUUCCUGCCGACGGAGAAUGAGGUCAAGCUGCUGCGCCAGUAUGAGAAGGAGCGGAAGCCACUGGAGGAGCUGUCGGACGAGGACCGCUUUAUGCUGCACUUCAGCAAGGUGGAGCGCCUGACGCAGCGCAUGGCCAUCAUGGCCUUCCUGGGCAACUUCAGUGAGAACAUCCAGAUGCUCAUGCCGCAACUGAGUGCAAUCAUUGCUGCCUCUGCAUCUGUCAAGUCUUCACAGAAGCUCAAGCGCAUGUUGGAGAUCAUCCUCGCCCUUGGCAACUACAUGAACAGCAGCAAACGUGGUUCGGUUUAUGGUUUUAAGCUGCAGAGUCUUGAUCUGCUGUUGGACACCAAGUCGACGGACCGGAAGCUAACCCUCUUGCACUUCAUUGCCAUGAUGGUGAAGGAGAAAUACCCCGAGCUGAGCACCUUCUGGCAGGAACUGCACUUCGUGGAGAAAGCAGCUGCAGUAUCCCUGGAGAACGUGCUGCUGGAUGUAAAGGAGCUGGGGCGUGGGAUGGAGCUGAUCCGGCGGGAGUGCAGCUUGCGUGACCAUAGCAUCCUGCGUAGCUUCCUGAACGCCAAUGAGGGCAAGCUGGACCGGCUACAGAAAGACGCUAAGACUGCGGAGGAGGCUUACAACACGGUUGUGCGCUAUUUCGGCGAGAGCCCCAAGACGACACCGCCGUCCGUUUUCUUCCCGGUCUUUGCGCGCUUCAUCCGAUCCUACAAGGAUGCAGAGCAAGACAACGAGAUGCGUAAGAAGCAGGAGCAGGCCCAAAGAGAGCAGGCGCUGGCCCAAGAAGCCAAGAGGCUGGAGAAGUUGCCUUUGCAGCGCAACAAGUGGCAGCAGCAAGAGUUGAUUGCUGAGCUGAGGCGGCGCCAGGCCAAGGACCACCGGCCUGUUUAUGAAGGCAAAGAUGGGACCAUUGAGGAUAUUAUCACCGAGCUCUGCAUACCCUGCCUUUCCAAUGGGCUAAUGCUGCAUUUCCAACAGCCCAGGCCUAGUUCUCUUUUUGCCAAAGAAAAAAAAAACUUCCAUCCUUUCAAACAUUUUAAGCUGAAGAACCAAAGGGACAUUUAGGAAGUGCCUUACUGCGACAGUAUUAUUGUUAUUCUCUUAUUAUUUAAGGUGUAUUUUUUAAUCUGUACAUAUAUGACCUUUCCCGUCAGCCCUUGCUCCUCCUGUCCCCUCGCUGAGCCAGCUCUGAAGGACAAGGCUGUUUCGGUUGUUUAGAAGUGCCUUUGGCCAGCAGGUGUCUGACUUCCCCCUUCUCAAGCCUCAGCCCUUCUUUGAGCAUCCGGACCAAAACUGCACUUUGACUGGACUGAGACAGAGGACAUCAUCAUGGCUGGAGUCACAAUGCAAUGCGGGAGUGUGGGGUGUUUUCUUUGGGGGGGGGGGAGAGUAUUUCCAUUAGUAGACCUUUGUGUAUGGCGCUAGUUUUGUGAACCAGCAACGUUUUUCUGGAGCAGCCUUCAGCAAUACUGUGGUCUUCUUGGAGCAGCAGUCUAUUGAGCUGGCAUUGAAGAGCAUAAAAGCUAGGCGUCGAUGGCCUUUCGAAAAACCACUGGAAUCCUUCUUCAAAAGGGGAAACCUUCAGACCAAAAGUCUCAUGUCUCAACUGCACGAAGUGACCCUGGUGUUCGCACAGCAGAGAAACGAUGGUGACAAGCCAACCAAAAAGAAAGAUCUUAGGUAGGUUACAGGCAACUUUUGAUGCUGCCCAGUUUUUAAUUUUUUUAGUUUUCUUAUUCUCAUUAUUUUCCAGAGGACCAAAUUAUGUUUCCAGUUCAUGUAUGGUGUUUUAGAUACAGCUCUCUUCUCAUUUACUGGAACAAAUGCCUUAAUUCUCACCAGGUCAAAUCUAGCUCGUCUGCUAUGUCCCCUCGAACCCCUCAGAACAAGCACCAAUGGUUAUGUAUGAAUGUUGCAUCUUUCAGAACCAGCCAGGGACGGGUGGAUCCGUCUUAUUUCCCAACUGUGUCAAUUUUGUAUGUGUUUGUUCAUAAGUCUGUUCCUGCAUUAAUGUGCAGGUUUUUUUUGUAAUGUACCAAAAUCCGUUCUUAAAUAUGUAUUUUAUCUCAGUGUAUGCAUUUCUAAAUGCAUGUCAUCCUAAAAUAUGCCUUUUUGACGCAUUUUGGUACAUUGUUUGACCUGAUAAUUUUUAUUGCAAAAUCCAGAGGACAAUUAUGUUCUGAAUUGUGUGUUUGUCCAGGGUGGGUGCAUGGGAACUUUGUUGAUUCACUUUAAAAGGGGGACAGAACGAAACUCUCCUCCAUCCCUAAGGCCAGCCCCCAAUACAUUUGUAUACCUGCAGUAAAAACACUAAAUUGUAGCCUGGGAAUCAUCCUCAAGAAGUUAAAUGCUGCAGGUAACAAAGAUAGCAAGUGAGAUAUUAGCAUGCAGGAGGGAGCCAUUUUGUAGCCAUUAAUUCAUUACUGUCAAAAUGGCACCCCUCUCUGCUUCCCACUAAGUAACAUGGAACAGAACCCAUCAGCGAACAUUUCAUUGAAAUAAAUGGAAUGAGCUCAUUAAUAUCAGUGAGACUUUCAGCAAAUAACUUUCCAGUCGAUGUUACCUCAUGAGGGUGCCAGGAAUCAGCCGCCUCUGGUACCUGACUCAUCAGCCUAAAUGGUAGACCACUUUUGGCCCUUGCACUGAUGGCCAAUUGCUGCCUACCUAUCUGAACCUCGGCCUCAGUUUCCAGGCCAUGAUGUUUCUUAAGACAAUCGGAAAAAGAGGACCCACUUUAUCUCCUCUUAACCUGCUUUAAUGCUUCCCCCCUGACCAAAGAUGUUAGUCCAGAAGUUAUUAGAGCUGCAGAUAGCAUUAGGAUAAAGCCAUUCGACAAUGAAAGCAGGAUUGCUUCUUCAAUUGUUUUUAAUUCAGGGAAUCAACUUUACUCCCCUGGGGGUUUAGCCACUUUCUGGAACCAGGAAGCAAUUAGCUUUAUGUGAAAGAGGUUUAUAUAGAUCUUAAUACACCAAAGAGAUCUUUAGAUAGGGCUGGCUCCAACAGAGCUUACGAAUAUGAAAUUGUCCUUUUUCCUGUAUUUGAAUAUUCAUCCACAUUUCUUUCCAAGGCCGACCCAGGUGAGUCCUGUUGAUCUUUUGACCCCAGGCUCCAAAGCAUGGCCAACUACUCACAAGAGCAUUUGCACAGCAGAAUGCUCCUAUGUGACUUUGGUCCCAUAAGUCUGUGGAGAGAUAACUGGGAUUUCAGAACACGGGCCAAGGCCCCGUGGCAUCCUAGUUAUCUAGACAAUGGAAGGAAUCAACCACUUGAUCAGGAAGGAUUCAGCAAAUCCUUCUGCUUGGGCACACCUGCGAAAAGCAGUGAUGCUUGGCGUUCUAGAGCGUUAGUCAUGGCAGAAGCAUCUCCCUGCAUUAACCGUCUGUAUAUAAACCGUGCCAAAGACUCUCAGGGUGACUCUUGCAGGGAACCCAGUGCUUAUGGCUGAGCUAUUGUGUCCUGGGGAAAAUUGGCUCUGUGGUUUAGGCCCAGCACACCUCCUAGGUUUGCACCUGUGGAUUUGAAUCCUGCCCAAAGGCAACCCGAGGCCUGUAUUUUAGAUGAGACCCCUAGGAGCCUAAAGCCUGCACUUCGUAAGGUUCCAGAUUCAGGCCUCUCCCACUCUGCCUGAGACCUUAGAAAGCCAUUGCCAGUCUGAACGAACAGGGCUAGAUGGACUGAGGCAGCUUUAUAUGUUCAUCCUGUGCAUGGUUACUCAGAUGUAAAGCCCAUUGAAGUCAAUGGUGCUUACUCCUAGGUAAGGAAGCCUUAGAGCAAGGCCCCAUCACUUUGCUGGGGUGCAGCAGAGCAGAAUGGGUUGUAAAUUUUGGAGCUCUGUGGAACAGAAAAUAAUUCUGCCGAAAGAACUGCCAGGUCCUAGACUGACUCAUUUCUUUUCCUUUUUGGUCAUUGUAUGCUGGAUAUAUUUUGCCUUUUGUUUCUGUCCUGUGAAUAUGAAGGUCUGCCGUUAAACUUCAUGUAAACUAUUUUUCGAAUGUUUUUUUAAAUAUUCAAAGCAGUCUCCAAACCAUUUGUGGGUGAGGUGGAGAAAUCAGUGGCCGGGUUUGGGAACCCAGAUAUUCCAAAGAAGCCAACCCCCCACCCCCACCGCAAAAUCCAGCAGCCAUUUCCACCUCAACACACUUUGCAUAUCAACUACCAUCUUCACUUCCGUCAAAAAUACAGCUGCCUCCAACUUCCCAAUUUGCACAGGUUACCUGCAAGGAACCUUGCAUCUUCCUCAACAGCUAGGUUCACUGAGAUGAAGGCCACUAGGCUGGGAAGUAUGUCCACUGAAAUCAGUCACAUCAUCCCAUUCAGAGGAGGGGCAAGUGUGUGAGCCACUGAAGGCACAGGUAAAUCUGCUGUGGGUCAGCCCAGUGUCCAACAUUCUGUUUCCAAUGGUGACCAGCCAGAUACUCCCUGGAAGUCCUCUGUGUACAUUUCACCUAAGCAAGAGUGGAGACUCCUUACUGGCCUUUAAAUAGAUUUGCAAUCAGCUACUUGGUUGGCUAUUCCAAGUGACCAGAUGGGGAAGCUGGGGGCAAUAGGGGGAGGUAGCUGAGGCCAGGAAAUACCAAGAGAGAUAUUAGUGACUCAAUGCACUAGCCGUUUUUGUAGGCUAGUAACUUUUGCAGACUUUAUUUGCAAGGCUGCCUUUAACCACUCUGUAAUAUGCAUACAUACGGAAACGAGAACAGUAAAACAACCCACAAUUUCAAUGCCUACUUAAUAGGUUAAGUGGAAAUUGGAAUUCAUGUUGGUGGUUAUGAGGAUGGAACUGUGGCAUCAGUGUUAUUUUUCGGAAAGCUCAUAUACCAGGAAGGUGGUCAAAGGAAUCUGGUAAGGAAAUAAGGCUUGCGCUCUUGGUCUGAUGGCCCAGUUGCAGAUAAAGACCUGGCAGCCCUAUGUGCAACCGGAAGGCAGUGGAAGAGAAACAGCUUUGUGGGUGGGAUGGGCAGAUACAGGGCAGAAUGUAUUUAGGAGCAGUAAGUGAAACGUGGGAAACAAGGAGAAUGGGAAACACUAAUAGAGGCGCUGGGGAUGUAUGUUAUGUACGUAUGUGUGCAAGAGAGAAAUUAUGACUGGUUCAAUUUGAUUUAUAUCCUGGUGGUGUAUUAGGAAGGAUUGGGAUGUGAGUGAUGCACUCAGUCACUUUGAGACACCCCACCC